UGCCUCAUUCACCCUGCCAACUUCCCAAUUCCCCAGAGCGAGCAUGGUAUUUUAGAGGCAGAUUCUAGAAACAAGUUGUCUCUAGCUGUAUCUACAGAGAAAUCUGGAACUGAAAAGAGUAAUUCUGUACCCAAGCCAAAAAAAGGCCUGAAAGGUUUUUUUAGCAGUAUUCGUCGUCACCGGAAAAGCAAGGUCUCUGGCACUGAGGCAAAAUGAACCAAGAGCUAAGAAGUCUGAGGGAGCCAGAGUCCAGGACUCCAUGAAGAUAUUACCUCAGCCUUUUUGCCCAAAGCAGAUGAGACUCACCAACUUCAAAAAAGAAAUACUAAGCCCCCAAAUGUCUCUGGAUCAAAAAUUUCUUUAGCAACAGAGCCUUCUUCAGCAGCCUCUGAGAAGGUGGUCUGUAAAGAUUCAGAAAAAUCUCUGGAGAAUUGUGUCUCAGCAUCUCAGCAAUCCAAGCCUGUCCUUAAAUCCAGUGGCCCAGAGGAACUACAUAGCCCAGAAACUGGGGAGAAUGUGGGGGCAGGAGAGGAAAAUUAUCCAAGUAGCCCUGUGAGGGACCAGCUGAGCCUAUUAUUUGGGGAUGUAACAUCCCUCAAAAGCUUUGACUCACUGACUGGUUGUGGUGACAUCAUAGCAGAACAGGACAUGGACAGUAUGACAGACAGCAUGGCUUCUGGAGGCCAGAGAGCCAAUCGAGAUGGGACCAAACGAAGUUCUUGUUUGGUGACUUACCAAGGAGGUGGGGAGGAGAUGGCCUUACCAGAUGAUGAGGAAGAAGAAGAGGAGGAGAUCGAAUUAGAAGAAGAGGAGGAAGAAGAGGAGGAGGCCAAAGAGGAAGAAGAUAAUGACUUAGCAUAUCUGUGGACAAAUGCCCUGAUAUACCCAAGACCCCAUUUGAAUCUGGGCUACCACUCUACUACAUUCUCGGGCCACCAUCAUGGCUAUAUGCUUCUUGACCCAGGUCAGUCUUGUCCUCUCUUAGCUGUUGGGAACCUUUUGACUCCUCAGAGUGACCAGCAAGAAUCUGCCCCCAACAGUGAUGAGGGUUAUUAUGAUUCCACUACACCUGGAUUUGAAGAUGAUUCUGGUGAGACCCUAGGACUUAUCCACAAGGAUUGUUUGCCCAGAGAUAGCUACAGUGGAGAUGCCCUCUAUGAAUUCUAUGAGCCAGAUGACAGUCUUGAGAACUCUCCACCUCGAGAUGACUGUUUUUAUGACCUUCAUGGUCGCAACUCUGAGAUAUUUGAUUCCUUCUGGAAUUUUGAGCCAUUUUCUUCAUCUAGGCCACCUGGAGCAAUGGAGACAGAGGAAGAACGGCUAGUGACUAUACAGAAACAGUUAUUAUAUUGGGAGCUUAGGCGAGAACAGCUUGAGGCCCAGCAGGCUUUGGAAGCACGUGUCAGAGAGGCUCACACCAAUGAGGCCUAUACCCAAGAAAUUCAUGCCAGGGACACCCAUUCUCAAGGAAUUCAUACCCAAGAUGCUCAUGUCAGAAAGGCCCAAGUUGUAAGAACUUAUUCCAGGGAAGUUUGUGCCAGAAAGACCUGUGUUCAAGAAAUCUGUGCUAGGGAGGUCCCUGUUCAAGAGGCUCAAGUUCGAGAGAUCCAAGCCCAGCAGGGUAAACCCAUCAUGGAGUAUCAGAUGAGGCCUGUAAAUUCAUCUGUAGUAAGCCAGAUGGCAGGAGCAUCAGACACUUCUCAUAUUACUCCCCGGGGAACCACCUCAGCUUUCCCUUCCACUGGGAGCAGUGAGCCAGACUGGAGGGAUUUACGUCCUCUGGAGAAGCGUUAUGAGGGAAACUGCUCUAAGAAAGAUCAAAGUACCUGCCUGAUGCAGCUUUUCCAGAGUGAUUCCAUGUUUGAGCCAGAUAUGCAAGAGGCAAAUUUUGUAGGCUCCCCUAGGAAGGCCUACCCUACUUAUUCACCCCCUGAAGAUCCCGAGGAAGAGGAGGUGGAGAGGGAAGGGAAUGCCACUGUGAGUUUCUCACAGGCCCUUGUCAAAUUCACUAGCAAUGGCAACAUCUUCUCUAGCAUGUCCUACAGCUCUGACUCUGAAUCAUCCUUCACUCAAAACCUUCCUGAGCUCCCUCCCAUGGUAACUUUUGACAUUGCUGAUGUAGAACGAGAUGGGGAAGGCAAGUGUGAGGAGAAUCCUGAAUUCCAUAAUGAAGAAGACCUUGCAGCUUCUUUGGAAGCUUUUGAGCUAGGGUAUUACCAGAAACAUUCCUUCAACAACCACCAUAGCCAAUUCUUCCAAGGUCUACCUUGGGGUAUAAACAGUCUCCCUCGAUACUUGGGGCUACCUGGUUUGCAGCCUCGACCUCCACCUGCUGUCAUGGCUCUCAACAGGAGGAGCCGCUCCCUUGACACUGCGGAGACCCUUUCCAAUCCCCACUUGACUCAGGGUCACAUAGAAUCUGAUGAGAUGCAUGCUCAGCAAGAAGAAUUAGAUGAAGAGGAGGAAGAAUGUGGUCGAGAUAGUCCCCUGUCCCUCUAUACGGAACCCCCAGGGGUCUAUGACUGGCCUAUCUGGGUUCCCUGUCCUCUCCCAGUGGGGUCAGGCUCUGCCUGGAUAAAUCCCAGCCAGUUUGAUGGGCUUUCCACCCAGUCUCCACAUAAGCAGGCUGUCUGUUGUGUCCCUCCUAUGACUCUGUCACUGUUGCUGUCGGCAUCAGUGCCAGAGCCAGAAGCACUUGGAAAAUCUGGACCUCAGCUUGCUCGUCCUUCCCACCUACCACUGUCCAUGGGCCCUUGUUUUAACCUCCAGUCACAGGCCUUCCAGAGUGAAAGUGCCAGGCCUCGAGAUGUAUUGUUGCCUGUUGAUGAUUCCAGUUGUUCAUCUAGUGCUGAAGGCUUCAACUGCAGCCUUCUUCCCCAGUCUAAGCCCUUGAGCACCACACAUGGCAUGCCUCAGCUACCCAGGGUCCAGCCUAAGGCCCUGCUGCCUCAUUCCAUUUGCUAUAGGUCUUCCAGCCUUAACCUGUCAAAGGAGAGGGCUGAUCAAGGUGCUUCUCUCCCUAUCACCUACUACUCCUCUACUUCUAUGAAUGGUAACCUGUCUGAAUAGGCCUCAGUAGGUCUGGAAUGGAGGCAUAGGGCCUGAGCAUGUGAAUGGGAACCCAGGAUUGGGAAGAGGGGUGGGGGGGUUUACUGUUAAACUUGAAAAUAUUUUUGGCCAAGGAAAACUUCUGUAAGUUUUUGUUUUUGCUUUCCUAUAUCCCACUUCUGGCACCUAUGGCCAUAUUCAAAUCAAGUAUAUUUGCCCUGACAAGUUUCUGUGUUUUGGUUUUUGCUUCUGGGGUUUCUUUUUAUAAUCCAUGCAGGGUUUGGGAUGCUAUAAUUCUAUUACAUUUGCUAAGUUUGUGUGUGU